AUGAAGUCAGAAAUAAAAAGUUCCACUUCAGGAAAGGUAACAGGAACUCCAGGAAAGGUAACAGAAUAAGAAAUAUAUAUGUUCAUUUACUUCAGUGUGCCCCCACGGAAUCUGUAUGUGCAGCGUUUUUUUUUAUAAACUGCUGCAUGUACAACGUUUAUUCCCUUUGCUGUAACUCUUCUUCCAACAAAGUCAUUGAUCUUUCAUUAUUUAGUCCAGGACACUAUUUAUAUGCAAUCAAUGUCAUUCAUUAGCCAAGAGUGUCCAGCUGAUGGACUCAGCCAAAGAAUGACUGAUGGGACCAGCCAUUUAAGGACCCUUGGCAUCGUGUAGAGACCCAUGUUAGAGGGCAAACCAUUGCAAAAAAGGAUUCUGUCUCUUACUUUACUGCAAAACUGCCUUGUCUGUCCAACUCCAUCUUCGGGUAAGCCGAAAAUUGCCAUAACCUCCUGGGACUGUACGACAGAUGGAGAUCUAAUCUAUAUUUAAACCUCUCUUACAUUUGAGGGGGGCCCAAAAAACUUUCUUGCACCAGUGCUUUCUCUAAAUUAGUUCCUUCACUAUGUAGAAGUGUGUGUGUUUGUUUAAGUAUGAGUAGUACUAUGUCUUUUAUUGUGUGUGUACAGAGUAGGCAGAAAUACUUCCUACCAGUGUGUGUCUUUGUAGUUUUAUGUACCUAUCAUACAUUUAUGAGUUGUCUAUUUUGGUCAUAGUCUUUUCCCCUUUUCCUCCUGGAGAUAGCUUUGUUCAGUUUGGUGGGGUGAGGCUAUGCCCAGAAUGCUGUGUUCAGUUUGAGGGUGUGGGGCCAUGCAUAGAUUGUGUGUUCAGUCUGAAGAGGUGGGGUCAUGAACAGAUUACUGUGUUCAGUCUGAGGGGGUGGGGCUAUGGCAGAUCACUAUGUUCAAUCUGAUUCCUCAGACGAAAUAUAGUAUAUAUUAUAUUAUAUUUAAAUGUUUCUAUCAUAUCCCCCCUGAUAGAAACAUAGAAUGUGAUGGCAGAUAAGAACCAUUCGGCCCAUCUAGUCUGCCCAAUUUUCUAAAUACUUUCAUUAGUCCCUAGCCUUAUCUUAUAGUUAGGAUAGCCUUAUGCCUAUCCCACGCAUGCUUAAACUCCUUUACUGUGUUAACCUCUACCACUUCAGCUGGAAGGCUAUUCCAUGCAUCCACUACCCUCUCAGUAAAGUAAUACUUCCUGAUAUUAUUUUUAAACCUUUGUCCCUCUAAUUUAAGACUAUGUCCUCUUGUUGUGGUAGUUUUCCUUCUUUUAAAUAUAGUCUCCUCCUUUACUGUGUUGAUUCCCUUUAUAUAUAUAGUGACUCCAGAGUCCUGCAGCCUGUGCUCCAAUCAGGCAAACACCUGGCAGGAGAUAGGGAUGGGGCUUUUAACAGAGUAGGUGCCCCAUCAGUCAAGUGCCUAAGCUGCUUAACAAGAAAUCUGUUCCUCGCUCUCGAUAUUUUCUCAUGAUAUUUGAAUUAUUUGAAUUGAAUCAUUUAUUUUUCUUUCACAGGUGACUUUUUCCAGGAGCGUAGAAACAAGAAAGGGAAAAUCAUCUGCCACAAUGAAGUCAGAAAUAAAAAGUUCCACUCCAGGAAAGGUAACAGGAAUUCCCGGAAAGGUAACAGAAUAAGAAAUAUAUAUGUUCAUUUACUUCAGUGUGCCCCCACGGAAUCUGUAUAUGCAGCGUUUUUUUAUAAACUGCUGCAUGUACAACGUUUAUUCCCUUUGCUGUAACUCUUCUUCCAACAAAGUCAUUGAUCUUUCAUUAUUUAGUCCAGGACACUAUUUAUAUGCAAUCAAUGUCAUUCAUUAGCCAAGAGUGUCCAGCUGAUGGACUCAGCCAAAGAAUGACUGAUGGGACCAGCCAUUUGAGGACCCUUGGCAUCGUGUAGAGACCCAUGUUAGAGGGCAAACCAUUGCAAAAAAGGAUUCUGUCUCUUACUUUACUGCAAAAUUGCCUUGUCUGUCCAACUCCAUCUUUGGGUAAGCCGAAAAUUGCCAUAACCUCCUGGGACUGUACGACAGAUGGAGAUCUAAUCUAUAUUUAAGCCUCUCUUACAUUUGAGGGGGGCCCAAAAAACUUUCUUGCACCAGUGCUUUCUCUAAAUUAGUUCCUUCACUAUGUAGAAGUGUGUGUGUUUGUUUAAGUAUGAGUAGUACUAUGUCUUUUAUUGUGUGUGUACAGAGUAGGCAGAAAUACUUCCUGCAAGUGUGUGUCAUUGUAGAUUUAUGUACCUAUCAUACAUUUAUGAGUUGUCUAUUUUGGUCAUAGUCUUUUACCCUUUUCCUCCUGGAGAUAGCUUUGUUCAGUUUGGUGGGGUGAGGCUAUGCCCAGAAUGCUGUGUUCAGUCUGAGGGUGUGGGGCCAUGCAUAGAUUAUGUGUUCAGUCUGAGGAGGUGGGGUCAUGAACAGAUUACUGUGUUCAGUCUGAGGGGGUGGGGCUAUGGCAGAUCACUAUGUUCAAUCUGAAUCCUCAGACGAAAUAUAGUGACUCCAGAGUCCUGCAGCCUCUGCUCCAAUCAGGCAAACACCUGGCAGGAGAUAGGGAUGGGGCUUUUAACAGAGUAGGUGCCCCAUCAGUCAAGUGCCUAAGCUGCUUAACAAGAAAUCUGUUCCUCGCUCUUGAUAUUUUCUCAUGAUAUUUGAAUUAUUUGAAUUGAAUAAUUUAUUUUUCUUUCACAGGCGACUUUUUCCAGGAGCGUAGAAACAAGAAAGGGAAAAUCAUCUGCCACAAUGAAGUCAGAAAUAAAAAAUUCCACUCCAGGAAAGGUAACAGGAACUCCAGGAAAG